AUGUCAUCAUUUUGGAAUGAGAAUUAUUUCUAUAAUCGCUAUUCUAACGAAGCAUGGGGAGUAAAUGAUGCCAAUGAGGAGGAGGUUGUGUCUGGAGUCCCUGUUGAUAAAAAAACACAGUUGCCAGACUUGAACGAGACUCCGAAUCCACCUGUUAAUGAACCAAAUUACCCGACGCAUCAAGUGUAUCCGGAUUACGAAUACGGGUAUGAAUCUCCGUAUGUGCAACAAAGUGGAUACGGUGCUGAGAAUGCACCUGUUAAUGAACCAUAUUACCUAACGCAUCAAUCGUAUCCGGGUUACGGAUACGGGGGUGAAGGUAGAUACGGAGGAUACAGUGGAUACGGGGGUGAAGGUGGAUACGGAGGAUACGGAGGCUACGGUGGAUACAGAUACGGUUAUGAGCCUCGUAACACACCACUAUAUGAUGAUUAUGAACCAUCUACCCCGGACAAUCCGUUUCAAAUAAAGGAGGUUAGUGGGUCACGUGUGAUGGAUCAACUCAUCAACAUAUUCGGGUCAAGUUAUGGAGCUGUUGAAGCAACAAAUAAUAGACCAAAUGUAGUAGCGAGGGUGGUUAGGCAGAAGGGUUAA